UAUUUAUGUAAAGAAAUUAAAACAUGUCAAAGGAGUAGAAAAAAAAAAAAAAAAAAACAAAAACAAUAAUGACUGAAGUUGUAGAAUCAGAAACUGAAGAAACAGACUUUGAAGAUGAAGUUCCAUUUGCUGUGACUUCAACAGUCCCAGAAAACAUCAUAGAUUUGAAGCAUUCCUUUGGAUAUGAUUGCAAGAGAUUAUUCAACUUGUGUCUAAUCGAUGAGGACACUCUAGUAUUUGCAUCGGGAAAUUUAUUGCAUUAUUAUUCAAUUUCAAAAAAUGAAUUAGCCUUUCGAAGGACAAUUUUUGGCGGUGGAGUUGGAUUUGUCAUUAAAAAUGAUAAUCCUAAAUACAACUACCUGACCAUUGCAGAAAAUGGCUCUAACCCAACUAUUUUUAUUUACAAAUAUCCUCAACAUGAGAUAGUUACGGAAUUAAAAGGUGGUGCAGUCCGUAAUUUUACCUGUGGCACCUAUAACAAUAAUGGCGAUUUGAUUGCUACACAAGCUGGCAAUCCUGAUUACAUGUUGACAAUUUGGAAUUGGCAGACAAGUUCUAUCAUCCUGCGAUCGAAGGCAUAUCAAAAUGAUGUCCUUGAUGUGGCAUUUUCACAAUUUAAUCCGAUUCUGCUAGCCACAUGUGGAUUGAGUCAUGUGCAGUUUUGGAAAAUGGCACAAACUUUUACAGGUCUUAAAUUGAAAAGCCAAUCAGGUCGUUUUGGUAAAACUGAUACUUGUGACGUGUAUGCAGUUUAUAUGCUAGCUGAUGAGAAAGUGAUUUCGGGAUGUGAAUGGGGAAAUAUGCUUGUUUGGGAAGCUGGUCUUAUUAAAGUUGAAGUUACGAGAAAAGCUCGACUUCCUUGUCAUACGAAACCAAUUACAAGGAUCAUUUGGAUGGGGAACAAUGAAGUUAUGACUGUUGGAAUGGAUGGAUAUGCUCGUAUUUGGUUUUGGGAAACAGUGGAACUAGCUGAUCCACCAGAAGAUGAUCGUUAUGUUGAAAUUGAUCCGAUUUAUGAAUUUCGAAUUGGAGAUCGUGAUGAGUCUUGUGAAAGUAGACAUUUGUUGAAAGCAAAACCAGAGGAUGAUAAAGAUUUUCAAUAUUAUUCACAGGAUGGCAACGGUGGCGUUUGGUUAUGUGAUCUCAAUACAGAAACUACACCAAUUCCACCAAAAAAACUCUUCUCUUGUCAUGGAGGUAGAAUUGUUGCUGGACAAGCAAGUCCUACUUCGUCACAUAUAGCAACUUUAGGAGCAGAUGGAAAAUUAAAUAUAUACAAUUAUGAAACUGAAAAGCUUCUGCUUCAAGAACCUUUCAACUCACCUGGCAGAGAUCUCAUCUGGCUUGAUACUUCUGUGGAUCCCUCUGGCAUGGUUUUAUUAAUCGGGUUUGAAGAUGGAGUAGUGCGACAAGUCGUUUUGGAAAUUCCCGACGACAGUGAAACCUCGAAGCCCCGUGUGCAUUUUAUAAACGCCAUCAAACCCCAUCAUGCAGCUCCGAUAACCUUUUUAGAGGUGUCCCCAAAUUGGGACAUAUUAGUUUCAGGAGCAAUGGACAAAACAAUAUUUUUAUUUCACAUCAAGAAAAAUGACUUGGAGUAUGUUGAAUUGAUUCCAUUAGGAUUUAUUUUGUUCGAAGGAUCACCAACCUGUCUUCAUUGGGAUAAAAAUAAAUCCAAAACGGCUCUGAUUGGAUGUCAUACAGGAGAAGUUUAUGAAUGCAAUUUACCUCCACCAGAAUCCAUUGAUUUGGUCAAAGUUCGACCUACUUGGCGAAUAGAACCUUUGUCUAGUAAAAUGCUUCGAUUUAAAUCUGUUAAAAGUCGUAUCAGAAGAGAAUUGGAAAUAGCUGCUAAAUUGCGAAGAAAGGCCAAGAAACUAGCAGCGAAGAAGAAAGAAAUGAAGAGACUAAUGGAAAUCAAUCCUGGAUUACAGUUUGAUGAGAGUGCCUUAGCUGAUUCUUCAGAGGAUGAUGAAGAUGAAAAACAAAAACCACUACACAUACCUGAUCCUCCAAGUCCAAUACUUUGGCUACAGUACACAAAUGAAGAUACAAUUUGGCUAUCGAUGGGUGGUUACGAUGCUGGUUAUAUCUAUGAAGUUAAAUUCGGUGAAAAUGAACCUAUAACCUGCACUUUUAUUCCUGAAGCUGAUGAUGUUGAAAUUCAUUCAUAUUUGUUUAUAGAUAAAUAUCUAAUUUUUGGAAUGCAAACGGGUCAAAUCCGUAUAAACGUAGUUAAAAAAGAUUUUCGUGAUUUAACAGACUUUUGGGUGAUAAGCAUGCAUGAUAAUUUAAAUGGUGUAAUACCUAGAAUCUUCACAAGUCACGAUGGCAAAUGGUUAUUCUCGAUUGGUUAUGAUGGAAAUAUAUUUUACUAUCAAUGGAAUGGACCAGAAAUAGCAAGACACUGUCAACCAGCUUCCAUAUUUCAUGUGCCUUCAAAAGUAUCUAAAGAUAUUGAAGAUCGAAAUCAGUUAUCGUUGGAAGAAGUGAAGAUUCAAGAAAAUCUUGUAAAACUACACGCUUUCGAGGAAGAAGAACGAAGAAGACUUUUGCCAAGUUUUGAAGUUAUGCAAAUACAAGUUGAUUGGAUUACAGAAAAGUGCAAAGAAUUGUUUCAGGAGAAAUUACAUGAUGUAUUGAAGAAAUUGAAGCAUGACGUUACGGGUGCGUGUCAUGAUGCUCAAGAGCUAUACGAUUUUAUGUUUCUACCAUUAGAAUAUAUUCCUUUUGAGGUUUUUGCUAUCAGAAAUGACGAUGUGGUUCGGGUAUUUCGGCUACCGAAGCUUAUUUCUGUUCCUGAUUCAUUCAAAGAAGAUAUCGAAGAAGAAGAAGAAGAAGGAGUAGAAGAAGAACAAUCAAAAUCAACUUCUAUUGCAUUAGAAUCUACAACAACUUUAGCUGGAUCUAAAUUUUCUCAAACCUCCUUGGCUUCUACAAUCUAUGACUUUCCUGAGAAAGUUCUACUAAAAUUUUACAUCAGGAUCUUAGAAUUCUUCACGUUUUUGAAACAAAUCAAAAACGAAGAAAUCGAAAAGAUACUUGAUGUAUGUGGAGAUGAAUUUGAAGAAGAAGAACAAUCACUGAUUGGAAGUGAAAUACUAGGAAAGGAAGAAGAAGAAGAGGAUGAUGAAGAUACGGAAAGUACAUUAAUAGAAAAAGCUAUUGGAUUUUUGAAGAAUUCAAUAAGAGAAAAUGUAGAAGUGAAGAAUUUAGAAAUAUCAAUUAUUCAGGAAAUUCUUCAUACUUUGAAGUCAGAGUUCAAUAACAAAGUUUUAAAGCUUAAAGAACAGAAGUCAUGUCUCUAUGAGAAGAUUAAAAAACUUGAAGAAGACAUUGUGUCAUCAGGAGAAGAGAAUAUAGCUCUACCUGAAUUACGUGAAAUUGUGAUUUAUAACGAAUAUCCUGAAGAAGUUUUUAAGGAACCGUUUAUAGCUUUGAGAUCUUUUGAGUCGAUAUUAUGGGAAAAACCAAUGAAGAUAGCUGAAAUAGAAGAAACAGUACAAACAGAAGAAGACGAAAAUGAAUUAGUUAACAAUGAAGGCAUUGAAGAAAUCCAAGAAGAGGAACAAGAGGAAGAAGAUCAUCAUUUAGAAGAAGAACCAAGUGAAGAAUGGACUAUUGAAUUGGAAAAUCUUUUCGAUAAAAUAAACGAAAAAAUAAACAUCUUUGAUAAAGAACUUGAAGAAGCUUAUAACAAUCGAGUACAAUUUGAAGUUGAAAUUAAAUAUUUGGAAUAUCUUGAAGAAAUUUUUAGUCAAGAAUUGAGUAUUCUUGCAGACUCUGAAGUGACAGAGAAAAUCCUUAUGGAACGAGAUGAAGCUGCUAAAAUGAAUCGCAAUGAAAUAAGCGCAAAAAUUAAGAAAUUGAGGAGCGAAAUUGAUGCAAUGAAUAAAAGUUUUGUUGUUAUGAAGGAUGACAUAAAAAAGAUACAAGUUGAGUUUAAUGACGCAAUAAAGGGAAAUAAAUUUUUUAAAUUCUUAAAACGGAUAUUUGAGAAGAAAUUUAAGCCAAAGAAGGAACGAAAUCCAGAUGAUGAAACUGAAUCUUCAUCUGAAGAUUCAUCCAGCGAUGAUGACGAUGCUGGAAGUGGUGAUUCUGGUAAUAUAACAGCCAUUCGUCUUGAUGAGUCUCAUUGUCCCAGUGGCUGUGAUCGAAAAUUAUACGAUCUAUCUUUUGAACUGCGUGCAGAACGACAUUCUUUAGAGCAAAAAAUCUACAACGGUUACAAAUCAAACGAAAUUAAAAGAAUCGAAAUUGAAGAACUUAAUCGAAAGGUUCCAGAAGCUGAUGAUCUCUGUGUAAAAGAACGCACAAGUUUGUUAAUCUUUAGGAGACAAAAGGAUGAAAAACUCCAGGCCAUAGAAAAGGAAGUCAUUAACAGCAUCGAAGGUUUUGGAUUGAAAAUUUGUCAUCUUGAGCAGGGGUCUGAAGAAUAUGAUCAGUAUCUUGAAGAUCUUUUUAAAUCAAAGAAGAAAGAAGCAUGCUUACUUAAUGAAGAGUUACAACGCCCAAUUGAUAUCUACACUGAAAAGUUGAAAAUACUUCUUGAAAUGCUCAUUGAAAAGGAUCGUCUUCGACGAAAGAAGCCUUCAGUUACAAAGGUUUCCAGAUCAGAGCAGUCAAUCUCUGUUGUUUCUGUUGCUAAACCACCAACACCUCCACCAGUCUUUGAUUUUGAAGCUUAUGCUUCGGAAAAGAUAAUGAAACUUGUUCAACGCUUCUUUUUUCGCUACUUAUCAAAACACAUAUCGGAAGCUUAUAUGCGAAAAUACAUUCCAAAAGUAGCAAGAUGCUUAGGAAAUAUUGGACGAAAUUUCACAUGUGAACUGGCUGAUAACAUAAUCGGAGUGAUCAUUGAAAACCUGCAGAGGAUUAUCCCGAAAAAAUACCUCAUACAUGCAUCUCUUGAUGAUAUUCGAAGUUUAUUCAAAGAUAUUGUUGCAGUUUUCGAACUCGAUCCGGUUGAGAUUAAUCCAAUAGCUACAAUCAACGAAACAGUGCAGAAAGUUUUGAAGACAUUUAGCAAAAUGAAAUGCGGCAAUAAGACUCAACGAAUAAUUUUGGAGAUCAGUCAAGUUCUUAUAGAAGAAUUACCGAUGGAUGAUUUUCGUAGUAUUGAAACCGUUCGAGUUCUUUCGAAGUUACUUGCAAGGGAAGCGGUUAUUAUACCGAACUGUUUGAAUGUUGAAAUGUUGGUGGAACAGAUAGGAGCUUACGCUAAGGAGCACAUGCUUAGUGCUGUCACUGUAAAAAUCAUACGAACAUAUGCCGAAGAGCUUUCGAAAGAACUUCUCGUUCGAAAAGGAGAAGAAGUGCGUUUAGUUAAACCAAAAGAGAAGAUUUGCAAAGAUUUAAGAAGGAAAAAAAGAAUUGUUAACUAA